AUGGCUGAAGCGCACCAGGCCGUGGGCUUCCGACCCUCGCUGACCUCGGACGGGGCCGAAGUGGAGCUCGGUGCCCCCGUGUUGCAGGAGAUCUACCUCUCCGGAUUGCGCUCUUGGAAAAGGCACCUCGCCCGUUUCUGGAAUGACUUUCUUACUGGUGUGUUCCCUGCCAGCCCCCUCAGCUGGCUCUUCCUCUUCAGUGCCAUUCAGCUCGCCUGGUUCCUCCAGCUGGAUCCUUCCCUAGGACUGAUGGAGAAGAUCAAAGAGUUGCUGCCAGACUGGGGUGGACAGCACCACAGGCUUCGGGGAGUCCUGGCAGCCGCGCUGUUUGCUUCGUGCCUGUGGGGAGCCCUGAUCUUCACGCUUCACGUGGCCCUGAGGCUGCUUCUGUCCUACCAUGGCUGGCUCCUUGAACCCCACGGAGCCAUGUCCUCCCCCACCAAGACCUGGCUGUUCACUCUGGCCACAGAAUGUUUUCAGCUGGGCUACUCAGCCGACGGCCACUGCAAAGGGCAUCCUGAUCCCUCACUGCCCCAGCCCCAGCGGCUGCACUGGGACCUUCCAGAAAAGAUCCAUCUGUCCAUCUCUCUAGCCCUGAGGGGAGCCAAGACCUUGUCCGGAAACGUUGACUGCCACGUCUUCCCCUUCUCCCACUUCGGCAAGAGUUUCAUCAAACGCUGCCACCUCUCUUCAGACAGCUUCAUCCAGAUGGCCUUGCAGCUGGCCCACUUCCGGGACAGGGGUCAAUUCUGCCUGACUUAUGAGUCAACCAUGACUCGCUUGUUCCUGGAAGGCCGGACGGAGACGGUGCGAUCUUGCACCAGAGAGGCCUGCAACUUUGUGAGAGCCAUGGAGGACAAAGAGAAGACACACCACAAGAUGCCCGCCGGCUCAACUCAAGCCGUAUCACCACCAACCCCGUCUGACCACACCAAGGCCCCAGUGAUCCAGCCCACCAGUGCCAUGAUUCCUUGGCGAAACGGUGCCGACAUCUCCGAGGGUGUCCAAGAUUUAGAAAACCUGCAAGCUCUGCUCAGCAGCUCCUACAGGAAGGAACGGCCUCAGCGGCGCUGGAGCCCAACACAGCUCGUGGGCAAAGCGGAAGUGUGGUUUGCAGAGUUGCGAUCCCAGAUUCUCAAAGCCCGGAACUGGGAAUGGAGUUGA